GAUGCUCCGUCUGCUGAUCUUGCUGGGAAUCGGGGUGCUGGGCUGUUGGGCCGAGUGCAAUGUCUGUUCGUCUGAUGCCAAUGUAGCCUGCGUAUCGGCCACGGAGUAUCAGAUCUGCUCCGUCGCUCAUGUGCCCUUGGGGCCCGUUACGAGCUGUCCUACCAACUACUUCUGUACCGCAAGCGGUACCUUUUGCAGCCCGGAUGAGACCUACGGGGCCUGUUUGAACUGCAACCAAUGCAGUGCGGACAAGCAAUUUGCGUGCAUCAGCACAUCGCAAUUUGCCUUGUGUCUGGGACAGGACACGCCGAGUACAUCGAUUAUAGGCUCCUGCGGCACGAGUUUGGUUUGCAGCGUGGAUAAUCCUGAUAUCUGUGGCAGUUCGGCCACCUAUCCGGCAUCCUGUGCGAACAAUUCAACUGACGGUAACGGCACAGGCACUUCCAUAACAGAUCCCACCCAGUACUGCCGCAGCCUGCAGCAGCCAGGACGCUUUCCCUAUGGCUCUGAUGCCACAACCACCUGCAGGCAAUACAUCUCCUGCUAUACGUUUGCAAGUGUAUGGUAUGGAGCCAUCUACUCCUGCGCGGGAUCCACAUACUUUGACAGUACCACAAAGAUGUGCACCACUCUAACGCAGGCCAGAUGCUCGGCGAGUGUCACUUCUUUGUCUCUCAACGGACGAUUGUUGCCAUAAAGAGGCCUAAUCUUUAUGAACUGAGUGCAUCCAAAAACAAAAUACACAAGGAUUAUUAUCUGGCUA